AUCGGCGUUACUAAAGUUGGGUGUUUAAUUCAAUGCUAUGUUUCCUUUCUAAACCCGUAGAUUUUCAGAUACUCGUUAUCCAUAUAUUCCACCCAAAUCAAGGACCCGACCCGAUCACACACCAUUCCGCCGUAUGUCAAAACUCAUCUCAUUUUCUUCUUUCUCUUCUCUUCUUUUCAAUCUCCAAACGCGUGACUCACUUCUCAGCUAAAUUAAUCGACAGAUUAUGGUCGGUGCUGAGUUUUACUAUUCACUUUUUCAUAACAAUCGAUGAUGUCUAUUCCUUAGAGGGGAAUAUGCUCUCUCACCAUGCUUUCAACGUGAUAGAGCAUGGCUAAUGCUAUCCACCUUUCACUGCUAGAUUUUCUUGUUCGUGCCAAAAGAAGAGAAGCUACAACCCAUUGAUCUUUUUAUACGGGAAAGGUUGAUCUUCCAGAAUGUCUUCUCUUCAACUGUUGCAACUAACUCGGCAUGGCCAGAGUAUUCUGGCUUCAAGAAGGAAAACUUUAUUACUUGCAUCUGGUAUCUUAAUUGCUGGAGGAACAGCUGCAUAUAUGCAAUCAAGGUUUAGAGUUAGUAAACCUGAUUUAUUUGGACAUAGCAAUGGACAAAACAGCGAUAGUGAAGUCACAGAGGAGGUUGGCGUUGAUGCAACAAAAAAUAAACACAAGAAAGGGUUGAAGUCACUCCAACUCCUUGCUUCAAUUAUACUAACUGACAUGGGCAAAUUAGGUGCAAGGGAUCUUUUAGGUUUAGUUGCUAUAGCGGUGUUGCGGACUGCUUUGAGCAACAGGCUUGCUAAAGUGCAAGGCUUCCUAUUUCGUGCUGCUUUUCUUCGACGUGUACCUUUGUUUCUUCGGCUAAUUUCAGAAAAUAUUCUUUUGUGUUUCCUUUUGUCAACCAUUCAUUCUACGUCAAAGUAUAUAACAGGGACUUUGAGUUUACAUUUCAGAAGAAUAUUGACCAAGCUUAUUCAUUCCCACUAUUUUGAGAACAUGGUGUAUUACAAAAUAUCGCAUGUUGAUGGUCGGAUAACUAACCCAGAGCAAAGAAUUGCCAGUGAUGUGCCAAGGUUCUGUUCAGAGUUAAGUGAAAUUGUACAGGAUGAUCUCACAGCCGUUACUGAUGGACUUCUAUACACCUGGCGUUUGUGUUCAUAUGCUAGCCCAAAAUAUGUCUUCUGGAUAUUGGCAUAUGUACUCGGAGCUGGUGCUGCAAUCAGAAACUUUUCUCCUUCUUUUGGAAAACUUAUGUCUAAAGAACAACAAUUGGAAGGAGAGUACCGACAGCUUCACUCACGAUUAAGGACUCACUCAGAAAGUGUAGCAUUCUAUGGUGGAGAGAGGAAAGAAGAAGCCCAUAUUCAACAGAAGUUUAAAACCUUGGUUAGGCAUGUGCAUAAUGUGCUACAUGACCAUUGGUGGUUUGGGAUGAUUCAAGACUUAUUAUUGAAGUACCUUGGUGCUACUGUUGCUGUUAUUUUGAUUAUUGAACCUUUCUUUUCUGGUCAUUUAAGGCCCGACAGCUCAACUUUAGGGCGGGCAGAGAUGUUAAGCAAUCUUAGAUAUCAUACUAGUGUCAUAAUUUCUUUAUUUCAGUCUCUAGGAACUCUUUCUAUCAGUGCAAGACGGCUCAAUCGUCUCAGUGGGUAUGCUGAUCGUAUUUGUGAAUUAAUGGCUGUAUCAAGGGACUUAAGUUUGGUGGAUGAGAGAUCUUCCCUUCAAAGGAAAGCAAGUAGAAAUUGCAUAAGUGAAGCUAACUACAUUGAAUUUGAUGGUGUGAAGGUUGUGACCCCCACUGGUAAUGUCUUGGUGGACGAUCUGACUCUUAGGGUUGAAUCAGGAUCAAAUCUUUUGAUUACAGGUCCAAAUGGCAGUGGCAAAAGCUCUCUUUUCCGGGUUCUAGGUGGCCUUUGGCCAUUGAUAUCUGGACAUAUUGUGAAACCUGGAAUUGGCUCUGAUCUUAAUAAGGAGAUUUUCUAUGUUCCCCAAAGGCCAUACACUGCUGUAGGAACACUACGAGAUCAGUUGAUUUAUCCUAUUACAGCAGAUCAAGAGAUUGAACCACUCACAGACGGCGGGAUGGUGGAGCUGUUAAAAAAUGUUGACCUCGAAUAUCUGUUGGAUCGUUACCCUCCUGAAAAGGAGGUAAACUGGGGUGAGGAACUUUCAUUGGGUGAGCAACAGAGAUUGGGCAUGGCAAGGCUUUUCUACCACAAGCCUAAAUUUGCUAUUCUAGAUGAGUGCACAAGUGCUGUGACUACUGAUAUGGAAGAACGGUUUUGUGCUAAAGUUAGGGCAAUGGGAACAUCAUGCAUUACCAUAUCACAUCGUCCGGCAUUGGUUGCAUUUCAUGAUGUGGUCUUGUCCUUAGAUGGUGAAGGAGGAUGGAGUGUACACUAUAAAAGGGAGGGCUCUCCUACUGAAAUGGAGAUUGAUACAAUGAAGGCAUUAGAAACAAAACGACAGAGUGAUGCAAAGGCAGUUCAACGUGCAUUUUCCAUGAGUAAAAAGGAUUCUGCAUUCUCAAAUCCGAAGGCACAGUCGUAUUUUUCAGAGGUGAUAUCAUCAUCUCCUUCUAUGAAUCAUACAAUUUCACCUUCUGUUGUUCCCCAACUCCGAUGUAAUGCAAGGGUAUUGCCAUUGAGAGUAGCUGCCAUGUGCAAAGUAUUGGUACCCACUAUACUGGAUAAACAAGGUGCACAACUGCUUGCUGUCGCAUUUCUUGUUGUUUCAAGAACAUGGGUCUCAGAUCGUAUUGCAUCACUAAAUGGUACCACUGUGAAGUUUGUUUUGGAGCAGGAUAAAGCUUCCUUUAUUCGGUUAAUUGGUUUAAGUGUUCUUCAAAGUGCUGCAUCUGCUUUCAUUGCUCCAUCUAUAAGGCACUUGACAGCUAGACUAGCACUGGGGUGGCGAAUUCGUUUGACACAACAUCUGUUAGAAAACUACUUGAGAAACAACGCAUUCUACAAGGUCUUUCACAUGGCAAGCAAAAAUAUUGACGCGGAUCAGAGGAUAACUCAAGACUUGGAGAAGUUGACAUCAGACUUGUCUGGAUUGGUCACUGGAUUGGUAAAGCCAUCUGUGGAUAUUUUGUGGUUCACGUGGAGAAUGAAGUUGUUAACAGGUCAGAGGGGGGUUGCCAUACUCUAUGUCUACAUGCUACUUGGUCUUGGAUUUCUAAGAACUGUUACUCCUGAUUUUGGUGAUUUGAUAAGCCAAGAGCAACAACUUGAAGGAAUGUUUAGGUUCAUGCAUGAAAGGCUCUGUACUCAUGCUGAAUCUGUUGCUUUCUUUGGAGGUGGAGCUCGAGAAAAAGCUAUGGUUGAAUCAAGAUUUAGGGAGCUUCUCUCCCACUCCAAAUACCUUCUAAAAAAGAAGUGGCUAUUUGGUAUACUUGAUGAUUUUAUCACAAAGCAACUCCCUCAUAACGUGACUUGGUUGCUGAGCUUAUUAUAUGCUAUGGAACAUAAGGGAGACCGAGCUUCGAUAAAUACUCAGGGUGAGCUGGCACAUGCAUUGAGGUUCUUAGCAUCUGUUGUUUCUCAAAGCUUUUUAGCUUUUGGCGACAUUCUUGAAUUGAACAGAAAGUUUGUAGAGCUUUCUGGUGGUAUUAAUAGGAUUUUUGAGCUUGAAGAACUUCUGGAUGCAGCACAGUCUGGCGACUCUAUCAACGGAAGUAUUACAUUUCCAAUGAGGGAUUAUCAUGCCAAAGAUGCUAUUUCCUUUUCUAAGGUUGAUAUUGUAACCCCUUCCCAGAAGAUUUUGGCCAGAGAGUUGACAUGGGACAUUGAGCUUGAUAGAAGCCUACUUGUUACUGGUCCAAAUGGAAGUGGGAAAAGUUCCAUUUUCAGAGUUCUUAGAGGACUUUGGCCAAUUGCGAGUGGAAGACUCUCUAGACCAUCUGAUGAUGCGGAUCUAGAGGCUGGAUCAGGUUCUGGCAUCUUUUAUGUUCCUCAGCGGCCUUACACUUGCUUGGGAACAUUGCGGGAUCAAAUCAUAUACCCACUGUCCCGUGAGGAAGCAGAGUUAAGAGCAUUGAAGAUGUACGGAAAAGGUGAGAACCAUGACCCUAGAAAUUUGUUGGACAAACACGUGCAAGUUAUCCUAGAGAAUGUUCGGUUGAAUUAUCUUCUAGAAAGAGACAGUAGAGGCUGGGAUGCAAAUCUAAACUGGGAAGACAUUCUCUCUCUUGGAGAACAGCAGAGGUUAGGCAUGGCACGGUUGUUCUUCCAUAAGCCUAAAUUUGGUAUCCUGGACGAGUGUACCAAUGCAACUAGCGUUGAUGUCGAGGAACACUUAUAUGGGUUAGCGAAAAAUAUGGGAAUCACAGUUGUUACUUCCUCACAACGUCCCGCUUUAAUUCCAUAUCAUUCCAUGGAAUUGCGUCUGAUUGAUGGUGAGGGUAAUUGGGAACUUCGUUCGAUCAAGCAAUGAUUUUCGCAAGGUUGCUGCUGACUCCCAUUAAUGAUGCCGAUUCUUAAACAUAUACAGAGGGCGAAUAUAAGGCUUGCCGAUGAUGGUAAACUUUUUUUUUUUUCAUUUUCGGCUUCUCAUAUUAUUGUCCAAGCUUCAUUUUUUUAGCUCCGUCGAUUGCGGGGGCAAACGAACAAAAACAGCAACCAUAGCCAAAAUGGUUGGUGAUAGUAGGUUAGAGCGCACGACCCUUUCUUGAUCCCUUCAUGUACAGGGUUUUCCCCCCUUUUAUUAUAAGGUAGUUGAUAUUUUUUCAUAUUUUGUAAUCAUUGGAUGUAAUUGUUAAUAUUCUUUAAUCUAUAAAGCGACGUGGAACAGUAGUAGUUUUUUUAGA